AUGCAGGUCCCAACGUUCCUUCUGCCAGCUCUCUUUCUGUUCCUGCACAUACCUUCUUUUUUAGCCAGGAAAGAAAAUUUCCCCUGUUUUGAGCAAAUCCAGCCACGAGGGUACAGAGAGGGAGACCUGGUCAUUGGUGGGUUUUUUCCUUUGUACUUAAUGGCGGUGAAGAGUUUCACAGGAGCUGAGCAUCCACAAAAGGCCUGCAAUCCACACCAGUGGCUACACAAAAAUUACCAGCAGGUUCUGGCCCUGAUGUUUGCUGUGGAGGAGAUCAACAGAGACUCCAGCCUCCUCCCUAAUACUACCCUGGGAUUUCACAUCUACAACAGCUACCACAGCGAUGCCAGGACCUUGGAGAGCUCCCUGAGAUGGCUCUCAGGACAGGGCCAGACCAUCCCAAAUUAUAGUUGUGAGAGGCAAGACAAGUCCCUGGCUGUUAUUGGAGGAGCCACUUCUGCUCUUUCUGUCCAGAUGGGAACCCUUCUGGAGCUCUACAGAUUUCCACAGGUAAGCUAUGGUCCAUUUGAUACUGCCCUGAGUGACAAAGACCAGUUUCCUUCCCUCUACCAGAUGGCCCCUCAGGAUUCCUCUCUGCAUUUGGGUAUUGUCCAGAUGCUACUGCAUUUCGGCUGGACCUGGGUGGGGCUGGUUGUCCCAGAUGACAUGAGAGGUGAGAAGUUCCUUUCGGAUAUGAGAGAAGAGAUGAGAAGGAAUAAAGCCUGUGUUGCCUUCAUUGAGAAGAUCCCUGUGAGUGAGAGACGCCAUGAAGAAUCCCAGGUGGCUUUCAUGCCCAGGAUCAUGGCAUCAUCAGCCAAAGUGAUCAUCAUCCAUGGUGAUACAGACUCCCUGAUGAUCCUCAGAUAUUCUCAGCCACCUUCAAUUUCACUUUGGAAGGUCUGGAUUAUUACAUCGCACUGGGAUGUCACUAUGAGACCUCACAAUCAUGACAGUGAUACUUUUCUUGGGGCUCUAAUAUUUUCACAUCAGACAAGUGAGAUUCCUGGUUUCAAAUCAUUUCUCAAGGCAGUCACUCCUGCCAAAUACGCAGGAGACAUUUUCCUUAAGAGUUUCUGGGUCUCAGCAUUUGAAUGUCCAGAUGAGCCAGAUAAACUGGAGCGAGAGGACUGUCCCCUGAAUGCUUCCUUAGAGAUGCUGCCUUUGCAUUACUUUGACAUGACCAUGUUGAGCCUCAGUUACUAUGUCUACAGUGCUGUCUAUGCUGUGGCUUGGGCUCUUCAUGAAAUGCUAGAGACCAGACCAGAAGUAGAAUCAAAGAGAGAUGAAAGGAGCCUGGCACCUCAAAAGUGGCAGCUUCACUCGUCUCUGAGGAACACUGACUUUAACAACACUGCUGAGAACCUUGUGGUUUUGGAUGAUGAAAAGAAUCCUGUGGCUAAAUAUGAUAUCAUGAACUUUGCAUUGAAAUCUAAUUAUGAUGAAGUUCUGGUGAAGGUGGGGCAGUUUGUUCCUCAGGACCCACUUGGUCAUGAUCUCACCAUUUGUGAGAAGAACAUAUAUAAUAACUGGCUUGAUUUGAAGACCCUUCAGGCCGUGUGCACGGAGCACUGUGGCUCUGGAUUCAGGAAAGUUGCCCAGGAAGGAGAGCCUGUCUGCUGCUUUGACUGUGUCCAGUGCCCAGAGGGAGAGAUUUCCAACCAGAGGAAUAUGGACAGUUGUAUGAAGUGCCCAGAAGAUCAGUAUCCAAACAGAGGGAAAGAUGGGUGCCUCCCAAAGGCAGUGACCUUCCUCAGUGUAGAAGAACCUUUGGGAUGGACACUGACCUGCAUGGCUAUUUCCUUUUCUCUCCUCACACUUCUGAUCCUCAUCCUCUUUAUAAAGCAUCAAGAUACUCCCAUUGUCAAAGCCAACAACAAGGUUCUCAGCUACACUCUCCUCAUCUCUCUCAUCUUUUGCUUCCUCUGUUCUUUGCUUUUCAUUGGCCAUCCCACCACAGUAACCUGUCUUCUUCGGCAGACAACAUUUGGAAUUGUGUUCACAGUGGCAGUUUCCUCUAUUUUGGCCAAAACCAUCAUGGUGGUUCUGGCUUUCAAGGCCACAAGACCAGGGAGCAGGAUCAGGAUGUGGGUGCAGCCUAGCGUGGCCAAUUCUCUUGUCCUCAUAUGCUCUGGGAUCCAAGUGAUUCUCUGUGGGAUCUGGCUGGGAAUUUUGCCCCCAUUCCUAGGUACAGACCCACACUCUGAACCUGGUCACAUCAUCAUUGAAUGUAAGGAAGGCUCUUCAAUUGCUUUCUAUUGUGUCCUGGGCUACAUGGGUGUCCUGGCCUUGGCCAGCUUCAUAGUGGCUUUUUUAGUCAGGAACCUUCCUGACACCUUCAAUGAAGCCAAGUUCAUCACAUUCAGCAUGUUGGUCUUCUGCAGUGUGUGGAUCUGCUUCCUCCCCACAUAUCAGGGUUCCAAGGGGAAAGCUAUGGUAGCCAUGGAGAUUUUUGCCAUCUUGGCCUCCAGUGUUGGGUUACUGGGCUGCAUCUUUAUUCCCAAGUGCUAUGUGAUCCUGAUAAGACCAGACAAGAAUGCUCUGGAAGGGUUAAGGAAUAAAGCAGAAACCAGAGCCAAGAACCUUGCCACAGAGGCUCUUCCAAGGGUAUGA